UAAUAAAACUGUAAAAUCGUGCUCGCAGAGGUAUAAAAAUUUGAUGGAAAAUACGGAAUACGAAGAAAAUUGCAAUAAGAGAAAGAAAUUAAAAUCUGUACAUGAAUUGACCGUAUUUAAUACUAGUGAAAGAGAAGUGAGAAACAUUUCUUCGGAAUGGCUGAAAUUUACGCUUGACACUCUAAAUGUGGACGAUAUUGCUUUCCAAUCGAUGAAAAUGAUUCUCGCAGUUCUUCAAAACGAGAAAAUAGCGAGACAAUAUAUGAGAAAACGAUGUUGGAAAAAUACUUUAGAGGAACAGGCAGUAAACGCGAUACUGGAUUACUGUGAUGUUUCUGAAGCUGAAAAUAAAACUAAUGUAUGUACGCAAGAAAUUGUGCAGGUAGUGACAGGUAUGCUGGAUAAGAGUAUAGAAACUGUUGAAUUCAAUAAGGUUGCAAUACUGAUUCAUCAAAUCUCCAUUAUUUUACAACUAUGCAUUUCAAUAAAAGUUUGCAUUGAAGUAAUAAAUUAUCUAACUAUAAAAUUAAAAUCGUACGAAAAUGUUUUAAUCACUUUGAUAAAUAACAAAAAAGCCGAUGUACAUGGUAUAAUAAAUCAAUUACAUAUUAUCUUUUAUUCUUUAACCUUUUGUUUACAAAAAUAUCGAUCAAUUUCCUGUAAUAAAGAAGCUAAUCAAUUUGAAGAAGACAUGAUACCACCUGUUGUUGAUUUAUGGAAGAAACAGUUAAAUUUUGAAGGUGUAAUAGUCGAGGAUAGCAGGCAAACAAGAGAACGAAGGUGGUUAAUGAUUUUGAGCGAUUUUACAGUAGUAGCUAUGGAAAAUUUUGUUCAAUUUGCCAAAAAAUCACAGAAAUUAGUCGAUUUACUGUCCUGUGAGUAA